AUGCGGACUCCCCCAGCCAAGCUCAUCCUGAAGGGCAGCGACUGCGAGGGCUUUGAGAAGUGCUGCACCAACGUGUGCGGGCUGCGGAGCUGCGUGGCCGCUCGCUUCGCCGAUGGCAGCCUCUCGCCGCUGGAGCUAGCUCAGGAAGCCUCGUGUGAAAGCUUCGUGUGCACCCAGCAGGGCUCUGACUGCGACAUCUGGGACGGACAGCCCAUCUGCAAGUGCAAGGACCGCUGUGAGAAGGAGCCCAACUUCACCUGCGCCUCGGACGGCCUCACCUACUACAACAAGUGCUACAUGGACGCCGAGGCCUGCAUCAGGGGAAUCAGCCUCACCAUGGUGCCAUGCAAGUACAUUUUCACCUGGCCCAAUACCAGCCCCGUGCCCCAGGAGACCACGGCUCGCCCCACGCCAGGGGCCGGCCCCGAGGUGCCCAUUCCCCCUGCCCUCUACAACAACCCCUUCCACCAGUCCGUCUACGUGGGCGGCACGGUGAGCUUCCACUGCGACGUCAGCGGGCGGCCCCGGCCCGACAUCACGUGGGAGAAGCAGAGCGACCACGAGGAGAACUUCAUCAUGAGGCCGGAUCAGAUGUACGGGAAUGUGGUCAUCACCAACAUCGGGCAGCUGGUCAUCUACAAUGCCCAGUAUGAGGACUCUGGUAUCUACACCUGCACCGCAAGGAACUCUGCUGGGCUUCUCCGGGCUGACUUCCCCCUCUCUGUCAUCAAGCGGGAGGCCAGCGGCGGGGAGCCGCGGCAGGGCAGCACCCAGCCCUUCCCCAACACCGAGUGCCUCAAGGAGCCCGACAAGCGGGACUGCGAAGCCCAUGAGGUACGCUGGCAUUUCGACGCCAAGAAAGGCUCCUGCCUCACCUUCCGCUACGGCGGGGGGGGGGGCAACCAUUUCGAGACAUAUGAGGAGUGCCGCUCGGCCUGCGUGAGCAACGCUGUCCACACCUGCCUCUUGCCCAUGGUGCAAGGCCCCUGCAAGAACUGGGAGGCCCGCUGGGCCUACAACCACCUCAUGAAGCAGUGCCACUCCUUUGUCUAUGGCGGCUGCGAAGGCAACAACAACAACUUUGACAGCAAGGAGACCUGUGAGGAUGUCUGCCCCUUCCCCAAGAACCUGCAGUGCAAGACCUGCCGCCUGAAGAACAAGAUGGUGCUGAGUUUGUGCCGCAGUGACUUUGCCAUCGUAGGACGUCUCAUGGAGAUCAUCGAAGACCAGGACUCUGGCAUUGCCCGCUUUGCCCUCGAAGAUGUCCUCAAGGACGAGAAAAUGGGCCUCAAGUUCUUCAACAUCAAGUACCUGGAAGUGACCUUGACCGACAUGGACUGGAAUUGCCCUUGCCCCAACAUGACCACAGAAGACGGUCCACUCAUCAUCAUGGGCGAGGUGCAUGAUGGUAUGGCCAUGCUGGACCCCAGCAGCUAUGUCCGAGCAGCCAAUGACAAACGCGUGAAAAAAAUCUACGAGUUGAUCGAGAAGAAAACCUGUGACCUCCUGAACAGGUUCCAGGACUAGGGCAAGGCAGGGGGCAGCAUGGACACACAGGCAUGAGGGCAGGUGUCCCCCCCGGCAGCCUCUCCGGGCAGCCA